AUGAUUAAAAGACAUUUGCCAGCUUUAGGUGCUGUUUUAAUAGGUGUUUUAAGCGGUUACUAUAUCUUUUCGCCUGGACUUCAACAAGUUUCAAAAGAAAUGAGAAUCGAAAACGAUAUUAAACAACAACAACAACAGCAACAACAACAAAAACAGCAAUAG